AUGGAUGAGAUCAGUCCUGUGAUUUCCUCCCUCCUUGAAGGACAGCUUUAUGACAGAGCCGAAAGCCUGAGCCGCCGUGUCACCGAAUGGCGACCGCGGGCAGCUUUCUGUCAGGUUCUGCGUUCAGCUGCCCUACGGGACGACCCGCAGGGUACGGAGCUGGACGGCGCGGCUGGGAAAAACCUGAGUCCGCCUGCUUUCGAGGCUCUUGCAUCCUGCUUCAAAGCUGCGCUUGAUGCCUCCGAUGAGCAGAGCGAUGCUUGGUGCGGUCGCGACCUGAUGGUCUUGGCCCAGCUAUUCCGCACCGACAAUGAAGAUGGGAAACAGGUCUCCUUGCUGUCGCGCGUCUACAACCACGCGCUGUGGAACAAGGUGACCUUUUGGGAGGAAGUCUUGCUGCUGUCUCUGUGCGAGGCGUAUGCCGCAGAAGCUGUGUGGCGACGAUCUGUGCCAGCAGGCAGCCAGUUCAGCAAGCCAGCGAUGACUGGCUUCCUGCAGCGCUUUGUGGGAUACAUGAUGGCCUUCGGCAUCAGCUUCGAGCAGGGCAGGAACUCAGUUACCAGUACCCUCCGGAAAAGUAAUGCGUUUCUUGGCCAGCAGACUGUGCAACUGUACGCCCAGCUGCUUUUGUCAGCCUACGAGGUGGCAACUCCGCAGGGCACAUCCCCCGGCGAGCUGAACCUUUCCUUGCUUGAGGCCCCUUUGUGUGCAGCUCCCCAGCCAGCAGAGGCUUGGUCAGCCUCCCCUGAGGAGGACUUUGAGGCCGUGGCUCUGGGCGUGCAGGCAGAUUUCACAUCUGAAGGUCGCCACUUGGAGGAGAUCACCCCUUCGUCCGCACAAGAGGAUCCAGCAUCCGACGAAGAAUCUGGAAAAGGUGCAGAGUCAGAAGCGCUCCGUGUCUUGGCUGAAGCACAGCCAAAGGUUGACGAUGUCUUCACCUGA